UUUGAUCCGACCAGUCGCGUUCGUGGUGUGGAGUGGACAGUGUUCAAGUGUUUUAGUUCGAUUUUCGCCCGCAUCAUGUGUUUCGCUAUCGGAUAUGGGUCAAAAUCCCCUGAGUGAUAAAUAGUUACUUCGGCCACUAGCUCGUCAUGGGUACAGACUUGUUUACGGUACGUUAGAUUGUUGUGAUCCUUAAUUAAGUGACCAGUGGCAGAAUGUGCGAGUUCCGCUCAGGAUCAAGGACGAAUAUGCUGUUUUUGUGGUGCGUGCUAUAUCUGGUGGUGCCUUCAAGUUUUGCAGCCCUACACCCCAUUUCUCCCUGUCCCAGUAUAUUUCACUAUGAGGGGACACAGCCCGAGAAUGAAAGGUGGUACGGGGUAGUGCUGCUAGACACGGAAGAGUCGCUAGUUGGAGUUCGCAUAGACAUAAGAUUAGACCGCAGAGCGGAAGUGUUAGUGUCAUGGAUGGGUACAGUAACUACAGAAGACAAUGAGCGUUUCACAAUCCUCAGCCUGGACCAGAAGCUACACCCAGGGCCUCCCACUCCCUCUCGCCUCAUGGUGAAGUUCAACCCAGUCAAGGGUCCGCCUCAGGUGCAAUCAAUAAGACUAAACGGACGACAGAUUUGUCCACCUGACCCCAAUUUCUCUCCUGAUGCUCAGACUAGUGGGCAAGACCACUUGUAUGAGAAUAGAUACACAACAGAGAGAGUGACUAGGAGACCAGAUCCGUCAUUUGAAGACGACUGGACCAACUCUAGACCUCAAGUGAAUCCCUCCAGGGCUCCAAGCCCUAGUGACAGCUAUAAACCUCCGCGACGAGAGAGCCCAGUUAGUGGGGGCUAUGGUAGCAGCGGGGGUAGCAGUGGAGGAAAUAGUGGUGGGGGAUAUGGUAGCAGUGGGGGAAAUGGUGGAAGCAAUAAUGGUGGGGGCUAUGGUAGCAGUGGGGGCAAUAGUGGAAGCAAUAGUGGUGGGACCUAUGGUAGCAGUGGGGGCAAUAGUGGAAGCAAUAGUGGUGGGACCUAUGGUAGCAGUGGGGGCAAUAGUGGAAGCAAUAGUGGUGGGGGCUAUGGUAGCAGUGGGGGCAAUAGUGGUGGCACAGGGUCUAUCUACCAAAAGGACAAACCUACCGGGAGUCACGGCUACAACUCCUACACGGAGAGAGAACCAACUCGCUCAACGACUUACAGUUAUGACAGCCAUGAAACAUAUCACAACAGGCCUUCAGGAUCUUCCAGCAUAGACGCCAACAGACCAGGAUCUUCAGGGGGACAGAGUAACAACAGACCUGUCAACGAAAACGCCUAUGUCAGUCCUGACACUUCUAUAAACAUCAACAUCAAUCCAGCAGGAAGUGGUUACAAUUCCCAUACGAGUGGAGGAAACAGACCUUCAAAUGAGAGAGAACCCACCUACACAAACAACGUGUAUCCCAAGACCACGGAGAAAUACCACGAAGAGAAUCCCGGAAACAGGGAGGACGUUUACGUGAAACCCACAACAAAAAAACCUGUCGUGGUAAACACUAAUACCAAUGUAGUAAUAAGCAUACACACUAAUGACGACGGGAGUGUAGUAACUACAAGUGGUUCAAGAACUACGACUAAGAGGCCUUACGGAAGCAGUAGCGAUACCAUCAAUAAUAAUAACAACAGUCGUCAAACGACUAGCAGACCGACUUAUUCUGACAAUCAAAGACCCAGUAAUACCGUGUAUCAAAACAGACCUAACAGAAAUCCUGAAAUAUCCUCUUCAGAAAGUCAGUAUAAACCUGGGUAUGGACAAAAUAAUUAUGGGCAGAGUAAUAACGAUCGAACAACGGAGAAGAAUUAUGCUAACAAUAACAAUAGGCCUAGCAGUAAUACUGAAAAUAGUGGAACUAGACCUGUAGCUAUUCCCAGCAACAGACCAUAUAGUGGAAAUGACAAUCAAAAGAUUCCAAGACCCCCAGUAACCUCUGGACAGAAACAUGGUGAUGACGGGGACCUGAUGGCGUCCAACUCGAAUAUCAAGUGUGGUCAGGUGGCCGUCAACCCAGCGCCUCUCAUCACUCACGGUCAGAACACUGCGCGUGGUCAGUGGCCGUGGCACAUCGCGUUGUACCGCAUAGAAGGCAUCAACCUGAGCUAUAGUUGCGGAGGCUCUCUCGUUAGCCCCACAGUUGUGAUCACAGCUGCUCACUGUGUGACCAAGGCCCCACGAGACCGGCCUGUGGAUGCAGAUAUCUUGGUUGUCCAGCUCGGAAAGUACCAUCUUUAUCAGUUCAGCGAUGAUUCUGUUCAAAACAAACAGGUUCGAGAUGUCCACGUUCAUCCAAGUUACAACAGUUCCAACUAUCUUGACGAUGUCGCCAUCUUGAUUCUCUCAACUCCGGCAGAAUAUACAAAGUUUGUUCGACCAGUGUGUCUUUGGCCUAAGCACAACUUUAAUCUUCCAAAUAUUGACAAUAAGGAGGGAACUGUCGUUGGCUGGGGUUACGAUGAAAACAACCAGGUGACGGAGGAGCUGAAGAUGGCCCGAAUGCCAGUCGUCUCUUACGUCACUUGUCUCAAGAGCUAUCCUCAGUUCUUCUCCCAGUUCACAGCUGAGAACAAGACUUUCUGUGCUGGAUUCAGACAAGGUACAUCGAUUAAAGGUACCAGUGUCUGCAAUGGUGACAGUGGUGGUGGGAUGGUCUUCCAGCAAGACGGGGUGUGGUACCUCCGUGGACUCGUCAGUAUUACAGUUGCCAAGCAAGGGUUACGUGUGUGUGACACUAACCAUUACGUUGUAUUUACUGACAUUUCCAACUACCUGGACUGGAUUGCACAAUAUCUUUAAAGGAGGUUUGAACUGAGAAUGGUGGAGCUUCCUGCUUACUUCAAAGUGGCUGUGACUUCAAACAAAGUUAGGAAGAGGCAUGUGAAUAUUGUAUUAUACGGAUAAUUUACAAGCUCAACUAUGUAGAGUAGUGAAAGACUUUUGUUAACCCUGCAUCUGGACACCGACUCUUACCUAGUUGUUAUUGAAACUAUUUCCUCCACUACCAAAUGACUAGUCACUAGUUGUUUGAGCAUCAACUUUUUUACCUUCUAAGUUUCAACAGAAAACAUCACUGUAUUAGAUAUUGCUUUAUAUCCUUUUACACAGGAGAUUAUAACGUUUAUUUUGAUACAUAGUUUGUUUUGUUACCGUGAUUUAACAAUAUUUUGAAAGCUGAGAAUAAAAACGUAGGUUGACGCAACUGCGUGUGAUGUAAAAUUCACUCUUACAUUGUUUACAUACAAAUAAUAAUAAAUAUUUUCUUUUACUUUUUUCAUGUAAAGAAAGAUUUUUCAACAGUUAUUUCAUAUCUUGGAUUUCUAAUAAAAAAAUCUUUUGUAUUUACAAGUAAACAGUUCAAAAAAAUUUGUUUGUAAUCUGUCAAUGGUUUAAAUUUGUUCCUUUUAUUAUCCUGAAAAAGAAAAUGUAUAAUAGUAUAUACUUUUGUAUGGUAGAACUCAAUUUAUACAGCUCUAAAGUAACCUAUGUAUAUACAGUAACAAAUGGCCUGCCAAUACAGAGAUUUGUAGCUGCCAGAUGCAGGGCUAAACACACUCAUUUGAGUAGUAUUGGACUAUAGGACGUGAUGAUAGACUUAAUUCAGUUGGCUCAUGUUAAGUUUUAAUAAGUAACAAAGAUCAUGUUUUAAUAAAUGUUGUAAAACAAA